AGGAGCUUUUUCGGCCACGGAAAUCACAGACGAAUUCGAAGGCUACCCACAUGUGAAAACAAAUAUGGCUGACGAUAGUAGUGAGCAAAAAGUGCAUAGGGCAAGACAAGCUGGAAGAAAAGCUGAAAAAAAGAAAGAUAAGAAGCAUCAACCAAAUGAAAAAAGAAAUCCAAAGGCAUUUGCCAUACAAUCAGUCAACAAGGCAGCGAAGCAGGUACACAGAAGUCUUGAUUUAGAAACAAAGAAGCAGCAUGUUCCAUUGGUUGACAGAACGUCCUUGGAGCCUCCUCCAGUUGUUGUUGCAGUUGUCGGCCCUCCGAAAGUUGGAAAAACUACACUUAUAAAUAACCUAAUUAAAAGUUACACCCGUGAAAAAAUCAGUGAUUUAAAGGGCCCUGUCACAGUUGUUUCAGGUAAAAAACGUAGGCUGACCAUUAUCGAAUGCAAUAAUGAUGUUAAUUCAAUGAUUGAUGUCGCAAAAAUCGCGGAUUUGGUAUUACUGUUGAUUGAUGCUAGCUUUGGUUUUGAAAUGGAAAUAUUUGAAUUUUUAAACAUUGUUCAAGUUCAUGGAUUUCCAAAGAUAAUGGGUGUUCUAACUCAUUUGGACUUGCUGAAAAAGAAUAAAUCAUUAAAAAAAAUUAAAAAAACUUUAAAGCAAAGAUUUUGGACAGAAGUGUACCAGGGAGCAAAAUUGUUUUAUUUAUCCAGCAUUUCAUAUGGCUUGUACCCUAAAACGGAAAUUCAUAACUUAGCUCGAUUCAUAUCUGUCAUGAAAUUUAGACCUUUAAUAUGGCGAUCGUCUCAUCCCUAUGUUCUGGCAGACAGGUUUGAAGAUCUAACUGAUCCUGAGGCUAUACGUCAAAACUACAAAUGUGACCGUUCAGUUUGUUUGUAUGGUUAUAUGAGAGGAGCCCAUAUGAAGUACAAUUGCAAAAUACAUGUCAUAGGUUGUGGUGACUUCACAGUCAAAGCAAUGCAUCCCCUACCAGAUCCUUGUCCACUUCCUGAAAAAGAGAAGAAAAGAUCUCUAACAGAAAAAGAGCGACUUAUUUAUGCACCAAUGUCAGGUGUAGGAGGGAUAGUCUAUGAUAAGGAUGCUGUCUAUAUAGAUUUGGGAGGAAGCAAAGCUGGACAAGCAGCUGCUCUGGGUCAUAACAAAGACAAUGAGUUCAACAAAGAAGAAGAAAAUGAGUUAAUGUCUUCUUUGUUUUCGUCCAAAGCAUCGAUGGAUUCAAAAAUGGAGGCUAGUGGUUUAAACAUAUUUUCGAAAUCUGCUCCAGUGACUGGAGAUUCAAUACAAAGUGAUAAUAGGUGGACCAUGCCCGAAGAGGAAAGCGUGACAGAUUCAAAUGGUCGUAUUCGGCGAAGACCUAUAUUUGAUGAUGAUGGAGACAAAGAUGCUGACAGUACUGACGACGAUGAAAAUAAAAGUGAUUCUGGCAUGGAUGAACCAAGCGAUGAUGAAGAUGAUGAUGAUGACCAUGGAAAUGAAGAUGACAAUGAGAAAGGGAAAGGUAAAGAAGGCAAAAAAUCUAGCAAAAGAAUGAAAAUGGAUAUGGCAGUUGAAGGCCAAGUGGAUUAUGAAGAUGAUAGCUCUGAUGAUGGUGAUGAUGAUGAUGAUGAUGACAAGCAAGACUUUGAUAAGAUAACUCAUUCAGAAAAAUCCAGUGCAGAUUUUAAUGCAUGGAAGGAGAAUUUAAAAUUAAAGGUAUCAAGUAUUAAAACAUUUCGAAAUAACAAUGAUAUUAGAAGAGUGAUAUAUGGUGAAGGUGUUAAGAGUGAUAAAGACACUGGAUUGGAGGAAGAAAAAGGGAAAAACGAGAAUGACUUAGUGGCUGGGUUAUUUCAAAUCAAAAAUAGAUCUACUUCUGGUAAAUCAAAUAAAAGCAAGUCGUUAUACCAUGACAUGGAUUCUUCUCGAUUAGUAGAAACAGAACUUAAACAAUUUGAUACUGAAGAGUUAAUAGAGCUAAUAAAAGAUUGUUUCGUCACUGGCAAGUGGUCAGCAGCUGAGAAUGCACAACAACUAUUGAAUGAUGAUGAUGAUGAUGACGAGGAAAUUUACGGUGAUUUUGAAGAUCUCGAAACUGGAGAAGUUACGACAGGCGAGGAUGGGCCAUCUGGAUACAACAGUGAUGACAGCAUGUCAGAUGAUGCGGCUGAGAAUGAGAAUGAUGAUGUUGCUAAUGGCACUGGUGGUCUUGAAAAAACGUCAGCUGAAAAGAGAGCUGACAAAAAACGCAAGAUGAAAGAAAUGUUCAAUGCAGAUUAUGACGAUGAAAAAGGUCCAAAUACAUUUUAUGACGACUUAAAAAACACAAUGACAGAACAAGCUGAAUUAAAUCGUAAAGAAUUUGAACACCUUGAAGAUGAUAUGAGGGUGCAGUAUGAAGGUUUCAGAGCCGGCAUGUAUGUCCGUAUUGAGCUGGAAAGAGUACCUUGUGAAUUUGUGAAAAAUUUUGAUCCCUCUUAUCCUGUCAUAAUUGGUGGGUUGUUGCCUGGUGAAGAUAAUAUUGGUUAUAUACAGACCCGUUUCAAGAAACACAGGUGGUACGACAAAAUUUUAAAAAAUCGUGACCCUAUCAUUGUGUCCCUCGGAUGGAGAAGAUUCCAAACGAUACCAUUGUUCUCAAUACAGGAUCACAAUGGUCGAUUUCGUUCCUUAAAAUACACACCUGAACAUAUGCAUUGUAUUGCGACAAUGUAUGGUCCUGUUACCCCUCCUGGUACAGGCCUGUUGGCCAUACAAUCUAUUGGUGAAAGAACGACGAGAUUUCGUGUUAUCGCCACUGGAGUAAUUGUUGAUCUGGAUAAAUCUAUACAAGUUGUUAAAAAACUCAAACUCGUUGGAACACCUUUAAAAAUUUUCAAAAAUACAGCGUUUAUAAAAGGCAUGUUUAAUUCUGCGUUGGAGGUGACAAAAUUUGAAGGGGCGUCAAUCAGGACAGUGAGCGGUAUACGUGGACAAGUCAAGAAAGCGAUAAAGGCGCCACCAGGUGCUUUUCGGGCAACUUUCGAAGAUAAAAUAUUACUUAGCGAUCUGGUGUUUUGUCGGACCUGGUUUCCACUCAGCUGUCCAAAGUUGUACAAUCCUGUGCAAUCUCUGCUGUUAUCCAAAGAACAAAAACAAAGUUGGAAAGGAAUGCGAACUGUUGGACAAAUGAGAAAGGAUAUGAAUAUCAAAUUAGAACAAAAUCAAGACUCUUUAUACAAGCCAAUCGAACGUCACACAAGAAAAUUUAAUCCGUUACACAUCCCUAAAAAGUUGCAAAAAGACCUGCCAUUUAAAUCAAAGCCUAAACUGGAACCUAAGCGAAAAAACAAAACAUAUGAACAAAAGAGAGCUGUGAUUAUGGAACCUGACGAGAAAAAGGCUAUUCGGUUAAUGAAAGGAAUAUUUGCAGCUAACCGUGAGAAACAGCAAAAAGAAAAACUGAAAAGGAGGGAACAACAUAAAGUGUUUAUGGCUAAAAUGUCGAAGUUAGAAGCCGAACGCGAUACUCGCGUGAAAGAACAGAGAAAAAAAGUUUAUAGACUUCUUGGACAGGAAGAGAAAAGAAAACAGAGGGCGGCGGGAAAGAGCAGGAAAUAAGUUUUUACUUAAAAUUGUAUUUUUAUUUGCGAAGAAUAAUUAUUUUCUAUUUAUCUUCA